ACAUCAUCUGUGUUACGCGGCGGCGUCGAGGCGUCGAGGCCACAAGACUCGAUUGCUUUGCACCAGGCAGGUCCCAGUUUGAAAUAACGCGCGCGGUGAACACCACGUACGUUACAAAUUCAGUGUGAAAAAAACGUCAAACGCUCCUUAAAUCAUGGCUAACAUAGUGGAUUUAUCUACCGAGGAUAAACUCGAAUACCACUUCUUCCCCGUGUCGAGCGGCUCCGUGUCGUUCAAAGUCAGGACCUCCAAUGAUGCCCACAUUGCCCUUACCAUGGGGCCUCAACCCAGCGACCCAAUGGUUGAGAUUUUCCUUGGAGGUUGGGGUAACACAAAGAGCGUGAUCAGGAAGAACAGAACCAAACCCGACAAAGUUGAAAUCGAAACCCCUAACAUCUUGAAUGGCGGCGAGUUCCGUGGCUUCUGGGUCCGUUGGGACAGUGGCAUCAUCUCCGCUGGCCGGGAGGGCGAGGCCAUUCCCUUCCUCUCAUGGGCUGACCCUGAACCAUUCCCCAUUGCCUUCUUUGGAGUGUGCACCGGUUGGGGAGCGACCGGCUCCUGGAAAAUCGAAGAUGGGGGUGAAUUCAAUACUCCGGACCAGUUAGAGUAUAGAUUCGGACCCGUCCUCUCAGGUUCUCUGAGAUUUGAAUAUCGCGGUCCCCACAACUGCCAUGUAGCUUUGACGCCAGCACCUGCUGAAGUGGACCCUAUGUAUGAAAUUAUGCUUGGUGGUUGGGAAAAUACCAAGUCGGUUAUUAGAUACUGCAGGCAGAAACCUGAUAAGGUUGAGGUCCCGACGCCAGGAAUUAUGAAUCCUAACGAGUUCAGGAAAUUCUUAAUCGAAUGGAAAUGUGGCAGAGUGAUUGUUCGCGACGGCGAGACGGGCAUGGUUAUUAUGGAGUGGGUAGACCCCUCGCCAUUCGGCAUCACCCACUUCGGUGUGCGCACUGGUUGGGGUGCCCGUGGACAGUGGCGUAUUACCCAUUUCGGCAAUGCCCACGCACAGCCUCUUGGGCCAUCGGCGCCAGUGGCUGCACCCCUGUACGCUGCGCCCCCCGGCUACCCCGGCGCUAUGGGAGGCUUCAGUGCCCCUGUAAUGGCUGGACCUGGCAACUGGGUUGAUGCCAGUGCUGGUCAAGUUCCCCCUGGUGCCGUCGUCGGUGGCCAGGACUGCAGCGGCGAGCCUCUCUACGUCGCCAGGGCACAGCACGAAGGAGCCGUGAUUCCCGGAAAACUUUGCGCUUCACACGGAUGUGCCUUCGUUCCAUGGGGCGGUUUGGAGCACGGCAAACCCCAAUACCAGGUGCUGGUUGGCGGCCCCAACAACUGGGUGCGCACUAGUGGCUCCAACGUGCCUCCCGGCGCGUUCCCCGGCGGUCAGUCUGAAGAUGGCGAGCCCCUGUUCGUGGGCCGCGUGAACCAUGAGGGCAGCCUCACCACCGGCAAGGUGCAACAGUCGCACGGAGUGUGCUACAUCUCCUUCGGUGGACAGGAGCUCGGCUUCCCCGAAUACGAAAUCCUCAUGCCCUUUUCCCCAGUAAAACUGGAACCAGUACCCCGUAAAAUGUUCCCUGGUGAGGGUACACUUCACUGGGUUCCAAUGACCAAUGGCCAGUUACCUCCAGACGCAAUGAUUGGCGGCUUCGAAAACGAACUCACAUACAUAGCCAGGGCUUACCACAAUAGGUCAAUAUGCCCUGGACGAUAUGUUCCCUCCACUGGAAGGUGUUUUGUUCCCUGGGGCGGAAGAGCACAUAAAAAACGGCAGUUUGAGAUUUUAUGCGGAUUUAAUGCUAUGUGGGUUAAAACAAGAUCUAACCUUAUCCCACCGAACGCAUUUGUUGGUGGAACUUCAGAAGUAAUGGACGAACCUCUGUAUAUAGGAAGAGCUAUGAUUGAUAACAAUCUAAUAUCUGGAAAAUAUUUAGUUUUGUUUACCGGCUUUAGCGACAAAAUCAUGGGUGAUAUACUAGAAAUUACGACACGGCCGCGGCAUCACCAUGUUUUCUACAAAUUCACAGCCAAUGCAAUCAACUUUGAAAUUAAAGCCGAGGGCAAUGCAGCACUUGGAAUAUCUAAUAAACCAGAACAGAACUGUGAAUUUUUGAUUGGUAUAGGCCACAACAACAGGACAUGGAUAAAGAAAGUUAGAGGAAGAGGAGUGUACAGGGAAACUAUAGAUACUCCAAAUAUUUUAUCCGCCACAGAGUACAGACGGUUUUGGGUUUCCUGGUAUGGAGACAUUAUACGUUUGGGAGUGAACGGUAAUAGCAAGCCUAUAGUUACAUUUAGCAGCAGAACUGCGGAAUUAAAAUAUGUUACUUUCUUGGCUCUUGAUGAUGUCAGGAACACUGUGCACUGGAGGAUUGAAGUGCCACCAUACAUAGAAAAAACGUAUGUUAUGAGACCUAUUAGCGGAGGUGACCCAUAUUGGGUGCCAUAUGAUCGAACAACAGACUUCCCAGACAAUGCUUACAUUGGUGGACAUGAAAAUGAAAACUUAUACAUAAUAAGGGCUGAGCACAAUGGGUCCUUGACACCUGGAAAGUAUAUGACCUCAAAAGGAAUGGGCUACAUUCCAUGGGGAGGAGAAGCUAAUUCCAAACUUACAUUUGAGGUGCUAUGUGGAUUUAAUUUUACUUGGAUACCAUGUAAAAGCACAGAUACUAUUCCGGUUGGAGCUGUAGUUGGUGGUUACUCAGAGGACCCAGGAAAGGAGAAACUGUACAUUGGAAGAAGCAAGUAUUUAGAGCACUUAAUUCCGGGCAAAAUUCAACCAUCACACAAAGUCUGUUACAUACCAUAUGAAGGAAGAGAAAUAGGCUUGGACAAGUUUGAAAUACUGGUUGUGCCUGACGAUGGUAAGAGAUGCGUUAACAAGUUCCUGAUCCCCGGGGCUUUGAUCGACCAUCGUAUUGUUUUUCGUGAAGAAGAGCAGAUGAACAUGGACAUUGAGCAUGCUGUCAACUUCGAAGAGUAUGCUGGGUUUUUAAAUCCUGAAGUUGAUGGUUGAAGGCCAUAUGGGUAUUUAAUAUUACGAGUAAUGUAAUGUAGGUUCCUACUUAUAGUAAUUAAGGACAUAUUCUUAUAUAUUUUACCUUUUUGGUAUUUUUUUAUGUUUUUUUACUGCUAUGCCUAAUACUCGAACAUCAAAUUAUUGAUAGCUAAUCAAUAAAAAAAUAAUAUUAUUUUGUAAUA